AUGAAGAAAUAUAGUCUUAAGUUCCUUGAUGUUUAAUCAGAAUUACAAUACUAAUCGUAGAGAAAUUAACAUUUUAGAAUGCCUAUAUUUAAGUUUGGCCAUUUCGGGAUGCUGGUUAUCAGCAUAAUAAAGCUUAUUUUAAAUUGUUAUUAUUCACUCUAUAGUGAUAUACCUGCAAUAGUAGCUACAUAAAUUUAUAUUAUCUUGUCACUUGUGUUAGUAAAAUAUAAAAGUUCAUGUAUUCAAAUUGCCUUACUUUUUUUCAACUACUCCUUGAUGGCCUACGAAUAGGUGCUGAUGGAGAAUAUUUCUCUUUAGGCUUUACCUUUAUUUAUUAAUAGCUUUACUAUUUGCAAUAUACUUAUAAUAUUAGUAUUAGAUGUUUUGGAGUCAUACUUUUUAAUUGUCACUACUUUCACCUAUAAACUAAUUAAUACAAUUUUCAUAGAUACGCAACGUUCUUAUAAUAUAUACGGAGCCACUUUCAUUUUAAUUUUAUUUUUAUGUUAUUGCUCGAGAAGAUUAAAUUUUCAGAGUCGUAGCAAUUUUCUCUUGAGCCAAAAAGAUAAUUUGUGGGGUAUCAUAUCUUAUUUAAUUACAAUAGAAAAAAUAUUGCCCAAAAUAGUGAAUCAACCUUUCUUAUUAUUUUCUUUCGAUGAUGAAAAACUCGAAUUUUAGCAUAAGGUAUCAAAAUCUCUAAAUUUUUAAUGUAAUAACACUAAUGAACUCAAGAAUUUUCUCCGAACAUCAUUUUAUCAAUCACAAAGUUUGGAAGAUUUCUUUUUUAAAUCGAAUCAAAAAAUCUCUCGCAAUGAAUAAGGAUCAAACACUAUUAUGAUCAGUAACAAAAAAAUACAAUAUCCAAUCACUUAUUCAAUCUUUUAUUAUUAACAACCAAUUAUUUUAGUUUAAUUUACUGAAGAUAUUUUGAAAAAUAACUCAAAAUAAAUUUUGUCCAGUCCAACUAAAUAUAAACAGGCACAAUUUAAGUUAUAUUAAUUCUUUUUUUAACACCUUCAAAAAUCGAUUAGUCGUAAUGAUUGUUAAAGCUUAAGCUUCUUAAGAAAUAUUUGCUACAAAUAAAUAUUAAAUUAUAAAUGA